AUGAAUGCAGUCCCAGCUUGGUUCAAUGGUGCUUUCCAAGCAGCUCUUGCCCCUAUUCUUCAGGAAGUCCAAGGCCUUCGUGAUGAUGUUGGUCGCAUGAGACGAGAGUUAGUUGUCUUAAGUAACCAGGCAAAAGGCGAUGGUCUCAGGAUGCCAUUUGCUGCUGUUCAUGAUGAAAAUGGUAAUCUUCCAAGUCCUGCCUUGAAUUUGCCAGAGCUUCAGAAUAUCAAUGUUCUUAAUGACCUUACACAUGAUCAAGCAUUGGGAUGGUAUCAGCACUAUUUCCCAGAAGGUGCCAAUGAAAGUCGAACUGCAAUGGUAAACCAAAUUGCCCACUACAUUGGUUACUUUGCUGCUCUUUAA